AAAAUAUUACUUUAUUUCCCAAAAUACUAUUUUGUUUAUCUAAAAAAAGUUCUCAAUGAAUUAAAUAAAUUUCUUUAAAAGAAAUGCAUAAAUACAAAUACACAAUAAUAUGAUGACUUCAUCCUCAUUUAUUUUCUUUCUAGUGUGCUCCUAAUACUGUUUUGUAUAACAGCCUAGUGAGCAUGGUGACAGUAACACUAUGACAGUAAAGUCAUUAUUUCCUUUUUUCCCCCCAAUUCACUCAUUAAAAUUGCAUUUUUAUCCUUGUAAAUUAGAAUUUCUUUCCCAAAAAAUAACAAAAUUCCCAUAGCUUUACUCGUAAUCUUAUAAUUUCUUUUCUUUUCAGUAUGGCCUUAAAAGGCCUAGGAUCAUUCAGCCAAUCACCGUUUUUUUUUUGUUUUUUUUUACUUCCAGUAUGCUCAUGGUUCCUUACAACUCACCAGACUUUUCACAGUCAAUGUAUUGACAUGUAAGAUCAAUCAAAGUUCAAAGUAAGACUUGGGUGGGUUUGCUGAUGUCAGGUGAAUAGACAGACAGAGAUGUUUGUAUAUAUUGCUUAAGGGUGCGUCUGCCUUUUGUUGGUCACAUGUUUGGAAAUGCAAUCUGUCAACAACAUUUUCUCUGGCACAGCAGCAUGAAUUCAGAAAUGGACGGAAUUGCCUAAAAAGUAUCAAGAAAAGGGCACUGCAAAACAAAUGGGAAGUGUGCAGUUCGUCUGGAUUGACAAAGCUGCCAGUCAGGCUUAACCAGUCCAAAAAGACACGUUAAGUAAAAGGAUAUUUCUUUAACAAAGGCAAUUUCGUAAUAUUUGUCUCUCAGUCAGACGCACACACCUCAUGCAGACUUUUAAAAUGCAUAUGCAUUAAAGUGUUCUUGGGUGAAAUUGAGCGCAGUAAUAUGACAGCGUGGCUGAGCGCAAACGGCAAAGAUACAGUAUCUGUCAACGGCACAGAAUUUGUGGAAUCCGAUUACCAUGUUGCCCACAAGGAGUGGAAGGCUGACUGAGAUGACAGGCAGGGGUGGGAACGAUUCAAUCGAGAACUACAGAGUCACACAAGCUCCACUGACGGUCAACAUGAGCUGUGGAAGAAGGCUGCAUACGAACAGAACACACACAGUGUCAUCUUGAGGGACUUCCCCUCAGAAGUAAUCAUCGGAUGUCUUUCCUGUCUACCAUUUGGUCCUCAAGAUCAGCACCUGAUUGGACUGAUGGGUGGCAUGAGACGGGAUCAAUAGUUGAAUGAAUUAGCAUUUUAUCACAGAGGCCGCAGCCAUGGCGGGCUCUCAGGAGGCAAGUCUGGACGAGAAUGUGUUGUUCCUGCCAGUAAAGCCAUCUUCCCCGGAGUUCCUCUACUCUGAGCUGGAGCGCCAGUCAGUGGAGAAACUCCUGUGCGAAGGUCCCAAAGCCUUCUACAAGUCCGUCGGUUCAGAGCUCUUCAGCUCCUUCCUGUCUCCAAAUGAGGUGGGCGAGAUAACCAGCUGGGUUCAGGACUUUCAUUUUACACCGCUGCAAAAAGAGGAGAAUGGAGGGAAAGCCAACCUGGAUGCAGCGGACUUAACAUCCUCCUACUUUCCUUCCUACUCGGAUGUGCCGGCUCCGGGUUUGGAGCUGGGCUGGCCCGAAGUGCCUUGGGUACGCAUGGAAAACGUUGCAGUCUACACAAAUCCCCCCUCCGACGGAGAACCUUCCAUCAGAGAGGUCAUCCGAAGGCAUCUGCAAAAGGCCAGCCAAGUACUUGCUAUUGUGACUGACCGGCUGACAGACAGCACUAUAAUUGGGGAUUUACAUGAUGCAGCCUCCAGGGGUGUCCCGGUUUACAUCAUCCUCAACCAAAGAACCGUUGAGGAGAAGUACACACUCCACAGGCUGGGACAUGUGAAUAUUCAGGUUCGUCUUCUUGGAGGCAAAAGCUUUUGUUCGAGGACGGGAAAGAUGAUGGUUGGGGAGUUGAAAGACAAAUUUAUUCUGGUGGAUUUGGAGACAGUAAUUCAUGGCAGCUGCAGUCUCACAUGGACUGAUGCUCAUUUACACCGGCAACUCAUUACUGUUGUCAGUGGCUCAGCUGUUGACAGCUUCGACAAAGAGUUCCGGAUCCUAUUUGCCGCGUCCACCCCGGUUCCUAACUUGUGGGAGUACUCUGUUUCCCACAUGGAAAUGCCUAAGCAACAAAAAGACUUCACCGACCCUAGCCCCCCAAGACACUUCCACAUGAAACACGAGAUCCUCAACCCUCCUUCGCCACCGAUGGACACACACCUGGACUGGGAAGCCAUGGGCGUAAUUCCCAGAGGGAGCCUACCGGAUAGUCCUUUUGAAGAAGAGCAAACUGUGGCAAAGGGGACAGCCCUGCAGACUGAUAUGCAGUUUGAUAAAAUGACACCCGUUACAGAUACUUUUACUCAGAAUGGAUACGAACCUGUGACCACGACAAGGGUAUGGGACAGCUCUCCGGUGACAAACAAUAUGCUGGACAAUGCAAACAUUUUUAAUUGGGCCGACUGUCAGACAGAACAAGCAGCAUCCCGGCAGUUCUACAAAGAGAAGAGAAACAACGCAGACGACAGAACGUCAGCAUGGCGCGACAACAGAGAAGGCGACUUGAGGCAAAACAUUUUUUUAUUUUCCUCGAUGAGGGAAAAGCGACGUGCAAACCUGGAUCCCUGUGAGAGAGAGGAGAUCGACAUGGACAACAUCAGCUCCAGCAUAGAGAACAAAGCCACCUCAAGAAAGCCAUUAAUCUUGAGGGUGCCCCAGUCGGAGAGCUUCAACUCACUGAACGACCUCAUGAAGAGGUUGACGUCUCAGGAGAACAAGGGGGAACUGUACAGGAGAGGCUCCAGGACCAACAUGCCCGAGACGUCCCAGUCCAUGACGGACCUCCGCGCAGAUGCGCCCAGCGCAGACCGAACUCCAGAUGAGAGAAGACUCUCAGUACCGAGGCCCAAUGCCAACUGUUAUGACCCGGACCAAAUGACACCGGGCUUGAUACUGAUGAAGAGGAGGAACAAUGUGAUCAAGUCAGCCCUACAAAGAAUUCCAAAGGCCUUUCAGCCCAGAGAGCGACCUCGCAGCUUUGGUCUGGAUAUGAACUGGAAGCCUCUAAGGGAAAGAAAGUGGGAAGAAGAAUGAGCUGCCGCACAGAAUAACAAAGUUCUGUGUCUUGAAGGAAACUGGAAAACCUCUGUUACCUCUGUAGUAUUAAACACACAACCAAGAAAAAAGGCUGACUUAAAUCCUGA